AUUCAUGUGGAUUAUUGUGAUGUUUUUAUCAGCUCUUUGCAAUCUCAUUCUCACGGCACCCAUUCACUGUAAAGUGAUGUAGUGUUUCAAUGAACAAACAAACUCAUCUACAUCCAUGAAGGCGAGUAAAUAUCCAGAAAGUUUUCAUCUUGGGGUGAUCUUUUUGAGGUAUCCCUGCUGAAAACACCAUCUUUCCAUGAUGGCUCAGCCUGAUUUAGUGCUGGUCUAGCUGGUUGCCAUUAUGGUUUCCAACAAAACUGAAGCUGUUGGUCAAGCUGGUUAACCUAGGAUGCCUUCCUGGUUUAUCGAGCUAAGAAUCCUGGUGGUGACACCCCAACACACCAGCACCUUAAAAACAAGAAUUUGCUGCAGUCCUGUAUUCAGUCCCUGCUCCCAUUCAGUCAGAAAGCAGUUUUUUUCUCUCUCUGCUGCAGCACUAAUGAACAAGCUCACACUUUACUCAGCGAGCUGGCAUUAACUAGUAGAACUAGUAGUAACUUUAAGCUUAGUACAGCAGAUUUUCUUAAAUUUAAAAAAAUAUGAAUAAUAGCUUGUGAUUGAUAUAUUCUUACCCAUUCUGAUAAAUCUUUAUAAACACAUGGCAUACUGUACAUACUAUUUGAAAUAUCACUGAUUUGUUUAUUUUUUCAGCCUGUUCUGAUUGAUGCCUUGGGUUGUGAUGUCUAAAUCAGUAGAAUUUAUAUUAAUGUACAAUGGCUCGGACAUGACAGAAAUUAGAGUGUAUGGGAAUCCAUCCGCACAGGAGAGAAGCGAGAGAGUAUCCCACCCACGUGAUAGAGGCACUGGUCCAAACUCAACCCUGGAUGAAAAGAUUAAUAGUGCAGGCGAAAGAAGGGGAAUGAGAACUUUUACACGCUUGAGUGAGAGUGAAGUGAUUGUGCUGAUGCAGUAGAUGAAGGGAAAGAGGGCGGAGAAAAAGGAAGUGGGGAGAAAGAGAAAGAGCAAACGAUAGAUUCUAUCUGUGCAUUAGCAUUUUAAAUAGGUUAGAGAGGGAGAGACCCAAAAUUAGCUUUGUGUGUGUGAGAGAGUGAGUGAACGCUUGCUUGAGAUUAAUCUUUGGGGAGGUUCUUUAAUAUUUUAGACAAGCACUAACUCAGCCUCAAUCUGUUUAGGGAGUCUGCUUUUCUCCUGAGACGCACAUGCAGACACACUCAUUCUAUGGAUGCAGAUGUGGAGUUUGAACACAUAUCUGUAUGGUCCUAAAGAUGAUCUGAAGCACAGGUUACUGUGGCGGGAGGUUUAUUCAGCAGAGGAAGAGGCUCAGUUGAAAACUUUGGUGUGUGAGGCAGAGUCGAGGGAUCUGACAUUUGUAUACGCUCUUUCUCCGGGUCAGGACAUCGUCUUCUCCAGCUCUUGUGACCUCACACUGCUUAAACGCAAACUCAGACAGGUGUCAGACCUGGGCUGUCAGGCUUUUGCCCUCCUAUUUGAUGACAUUGAUCACUCCAUGUGCCAGUCAGAUACAGAGGCCUUUUCCUCAUUCGCUCACGCCCAGGUUAUCGUGGCCAAUGAGAUCUUCCGUUUCCUGGGGGAACCACCUGUCUUCCUAUUCUGUCCCACUGAGUACUGUAGUUCUCUGUGCACUCCUAGCGUGUCAAAAUCUUCCUACCUGCUGACAAUUGGGGAGGAUCUUCUCCCUGGCAUCUCUGUCAUCUGGACCGGAAAUAAGGUGAUAUCACGGGAACUGAGUCCUGAAUCACUAGCUGAGGUCCAGUCGGUGCUUCGAAGGCCACCCCUCAUUUGGGACAACCUUCAUGCUAAUGAUUAUGACUCCCGACGUGUCUUCCUGGGGCCUUUUAAGGGCCGCCCCACCGGACUAAGGGCCCAUUUGAGGGGUCUGCUGCUAAAUCCAAACUGCGAAUUUGAAGCCAAUUUCAUCCCUCUGCAUACCCUGGGAAGCUGGUAUAAAGAAGUAAAAGAGGAGGGGAAAGGUGAUGAAGAGGCCUAUAGUGUGGAUAGAGCAUUGUCAUCUGCCUUGCAAGACUGGAUGAAGGAGCUCAGCCUUCCUCUGCAGCCUGGACGUCAAGUGAGGCCUACAGACCUCAAGCCCUUAACACUCUCUGUUAAAUCAAAAUCCUCCGAUAGCUCAGACAAUCAACGUGGAGCCCAGCCCAAAUGUCCCAUGACCUCUUCCCGGAGCACAGGGGCUCUCGCUAGCGAUGAAAUCCCAGCAGACCCUGUUAUGAGCCAGGUUCUGAAAGCUGGGGAGAACCAGGUCUCCUGGAGCUUCAGCCAUGAAAAGACCCCUAGAAGGGGAUUGUGUUCUGGGAGGGUUCCUCUCAGCGAGGCCCAGGUACGGCUGCUUGUAGGCCUGUACUACCUGCCUCAUGAACACGGACCACCUGCUCAGAAUCUGCUGCAGGACCUCACGUGGCUCAAAGCCAACUGUCAUUGCGUCAGUGUCAAUGGCAAUGGCAAGAAGGCCUCGCCACAGAAGGUAGAAGAAUGGCGGGAACGUGCAGGCCGUUUCCUGUCUGCGUGUAAUGAUGUGGCUUUACUGCACGGUGCUGUUGUGAACAGCAUCAAUAGGGCUGUUCUCUACGACCUUUACCCUUACAUCUGGGACUUGAGAAACACCCUGCUGGUGGCCAAGGCUUUCAUCUGCUGGCUAGAGGGGCGUAUACUGAGUGAAGGUUCUCCACUAGGCUCCUGGAAGAACUGCUUCCACUGGUGUGGAGCUUCCUCAGGGGCGGAGCUCCAUGGUGUGGAGGCGGAGCCUUGGGUGUUUAAAGGAGGACUAUCUGGAGAGGUGCAGAUGCUUCUGCCUGUGGGGACCAGCAGUGAGUUGUUCAGUCACCCUCCCCCUCUGUUCCCCACCUCUCGACUUUAUAAUAUACGGCCAUUCCAACAAAAAGACAAGGUGGAGCUGUACCGAAUGGUGCGUCAGUUGCAUCAGAGGGGUAAAGGGAGCCAGGAUGCUGCCAUCUCUCAUCCAGAUUUCAUUGGGGACAGGUGUCUGGGUGCGUCUCUGGCCUUGUGCCCAGAGUACAGCUUGGUUCUGGAGGAUGAACUGGGUGUAUGUGGGUGCGCUGUGGGUAUUCUGGAUGUCCGCUCCUUUGCCAAACGAUGUCAGGCCACCUGGCUACCUGCUAUGUGGGACAAAUAUCCUUUACGGCCCCACGGAGCGAGUGGACAUACUGCAACAAAGGAGGCGCUGCUGUAUUUCCAUGAAGAACAGGACUAUCCAGACUCCCUGCUGUAUCAUUUCCCAUCUCAGCUCAGGCUUGAGGCUCUUCCUGAACUGGUGGACUGUAGCGUCAGUCGUAGCCUCCUCACAGCCCUGCUAACGGCCCUCAAAGCUAACGGUUCACAGGGUGUAUUUUGCGAGGUCCAGCCUACAGAUGGAUUACGGAUGGAAUUUUUGACAAAGCUGGGAUUUCUGGAGAUCCUCCGUGGAGAAGCACGGCCUAGAGAAGGUGUAGUUUUGGGGAGGCUGUUAUAAGCAAAUAUCCAAACCACACAGGAUCCAGCUGAAAGAAAAUCAGAUUUUAAAUGAACAUGUUGCCAUGUUUGAGGCUGGAGCUGUGGUUAUAGUUGUGCUUAGAAAAAUGGUUGGGCUUAGAAAGUGCUUUGGUGAAGCAUUAAGGUCUAUUUCCCCCCAAAAAAAAAUAAAUAUACGAAAUGCAUUUUGCAUGCCAAAAUCAAAUCCAAGAUCAGAUGGGGAAAAAACAAAACAAAUAUAUAUAU